UCCUGCUGGACCAGGGAUCGAACAUUCCUCUGCAUUGGCAGCUGAAUUCCUAUUCACUGUGCCACCAGGGAAGUCCCUUACAUCUGUAAUCUCAAAACUGCAUCUGCAGCAGACUUUGAAGUCCCUGAGAGAGAGAGAGAGAGAGAGAGACAGACAGACAGACAGAUAGACAGAGACAGAGAGAAAUGGAGAGAAACCAGGUGGACAGAAAAAAGCAGAAAGGGAAGAGAAAAAGGCAAUAACUGAUGGGGAGCCAGUGAGAGACAGAGACUCAACUUCACUUAAAAGUUUGGGGCCUCCUCAAGAGUGAGGAAUUGCUUCAUUCAGCUCCUGUGCAACCUAUGUAAAGGAACUUGCUUAAGGGGAACCUAGACCAGUGGCCCCAGAUUCCUGCCAUGAGCCAGUUACCCCUGAGGCAGAGCCUCCUGAUCCUUCUACUCUGCUUGUCUGUGACCUUUGACCCCAACAAAGAAAGCCCAGAGUGGGUGUGGGGUUCCGCUGCCCCGGUCCCUUCACACACGCUGUUCAAGGCUUCUAAAUCCUACCUGCCCUCUUUAGAGCUUGACUCAAGUUUCACCGCCUGCACGAAGCUGCCUAUGUAUACGUCAAUCCCUUUCCCUCAAUACAGCUUUACGUGCCCAUGACUUACUCCCCCCCAGGCCCCCUCCCUCCCACCAGCAUAGGACCUGACUCUUCUCCUUCCAGCCUCCAGCCUCCUUCUCUCCUACCUUGAGGCCUCACCUGGACAAAUCCUUAUCCAUCAAAAUCCUUAUCAACUGACUUACCUGACCUUCAGUGACAGAUAAAAGUAUUCCAGUGAACGAGCAUCUUACUUGAGCAUCUACUACAUCCUAGGGAGGGAUUCCCAAGUGGCGCUGGUAGUAAAGAGCCUGCCUGCCAACGCAGGAGACCUAAGAGACCUGGGUUUGAUCCCUGGGUUGGGAAGAUUCCCUGGAGGAGGGCACGGCCACCCACUCAGACUUGACUGAAGUGACUUAGCCCUGAUGAAUAUGCUGGGGAGCUGGGAGCAGUGUGGACCGAGGCACAGGGUGACUUAACAUUCACAUGCAUGAGCCCAGCACGUCAUCAGGCCACAUAAAGUAUGUGCUUGAGGUGUGAAGGGGGGCUUUAGGGAGGAUCUCAGAGGAGGUGGCCUCUAAGGUGAGGGAGGUAGAAGUAUCAGCUAGGCAAGGGGGUGGGGGAAUCGGGGAGGUUUGGGGCAAAGGGUGGAAGCAUGGGCAAGAAUCUGGAAUUCCAGGAACCGUGGGUAGUUCAGAAAGGUUGACAUGGACCAUGAUGGGAUGUGGAAGUGAGGGGGCGAAGGAUGGACACGUCUUGAAAGGCCAUAAGAGCCACGUGGGGAGCUGAUUCCCUGGUGCGUAUGUUAAAGGGGUGGAGAAAUGUUGAGGAGGAAAAAGAGGCUGGGGGCCAGCUGAGGCUGGGAGGCGGGGGAGAGGAGGGUGGAGGAGCAGUAGGAGGGAUAGCUCAGCUGCUCCUGCUCCUUCAGACAGCGAGAUCCUGGACCGCCCUGAGUAACCGCCCCCAAGUCAAAAAGUAGAACCUAGAAAGGCUGCAGAAGACUUUCCACAGUUGAGUGGAGAAUUGAAGGAGAUGAGAGUGUGUGGACAGCUCCAGGAAGGACAUUCAUUCCAGCCCGAGGGAGCAAAAAGGGCAAAGGCCCCGAGUGAGACGUGUUGGAGGCUACAGGUCGGGGGUGGGGAUGAUGAGGUCCGAGAGGCCAGCACAGAUCAGAUCAGAUCAGCCAGGGCUCCUUCACUGGCCACGGUGGAUUUUCUCCAGGGGUGAUCGGGAGUCGUGGGAGAGUUCUGAGCAGGGAGUGAGCGUGUUCAGCAGCCCAGUGCCCCCUCACCUCUCUGUCCCCAAGGCCAGAGCACCAUGGAGAGUGGACUCGGAGUGACCCGGAAAGGACGGAAGCUAGGCUCCAGCCGGCGGCGGCAGAUGCGAGAGCCAGCUGAUGGCCAGGAUGUGCUGGUGGCCCCCGAGCCAGAGUCCUGGUCCUCCCAGUCAGCUGAAGAACUGCAGAGCUUCCUCCAGGACUGCGGUGCCGAGGAGAGGGGCUUUGUCACUCGAGAGGAUCUGGCGGCAGCCAAGUUCAGCUUCCUGAGCAGCGAGGAUGAGCUGGAGAUGAUCUUUGACUGGGUGGAUGUGGAGCGGAAGGGACGCCUCUCCCUUGAAGAGUUCAGCUCCGGGCUCAAGAACAUCUUUGGCUCCAGCUCGAGCACCCACAGGCUCCACAGAAAGAGGCCACUGCUCUCCAAGCGAGGAUCUGUAACCACCAGCUUCCCGGUGGUGGAGGAGGCCAACAGUGAGGAGAAGGAGGCGUUCUUUGCCUUCAUGGAGCAACUAGGAGCCAGCAACUCACUGCCUGAGCAGGCGGAAAUCUGGCAGCUAUGGAGAAAGCUGCGGCAGGAGGAGCCCCAGCUGGCAGGCAACCUGGAGGGCUUUCUGGCCAAGAUGAACAGUCGCCUACAGGAGGCACGGGCCGACAAGGAGGUUCUGGAGCUGACUCUGAGGAAGAGGGACACUGAUCACCACCGCAAGGUCCAGCAGCUCUAUGAGGAGAUGGAGCAGCAGAUACAGCGGGAGAAGCAGCAGCUGCAGGCCGAGAGCGACUCCCGGGGCCUGGCCCUCAGCUCCCAGAUGCAGGAGGUGCUGGAGGCCAAGGAGCGCGAGGUGCAGCGGCUGACCGAGGGCCAGAGGGAGCUGGAGGCCCAGCUCCACCGUCUCAGCAGCACACACCAGGAGGCCAGCUCGGAGAACCGGCAGCUUCGGGAGGCCGAGCAGGACCUGGCUGGGCGGCUGGAAGAGGUGCGGGGGCAGCUGCAGGUGACCCGGGGGCACCUGGAUGCUGCCAGGGGCCGCGUGUCUUGGCAGAUGGAGGAGGAACCCAGUGUCCCCGGAACAGGUGAGGAGAAGGCUCCAGAUGCUCAGGCAGCCUCCUCCGAGGAGGCUCCCCUGCCUGGACUGUUUGGGGACAACGAUGACUGGGACCAGCUCCUCAGCGGCAUCGGCAGCACCCCCCUCCAUGCCCUGCAGCUCUCCUGGAGCCCGCCCCCAACCCCGAAAGCCUCCUCAGGCCCCCCGACGCCCCGAGUGGUCAGGCAGAUCUCCAUCUCAGAGCCACAUGCUCUUCUGUUUGCUCAGGAGCCCUCUUCAGAUCCAGGGGGCUCUCCAAGGAGCCCCCCUGGGGCACCUUCUGGGGCCGAGGAAGAGAAAGGAGCAAACCCAGAUGGGCCGGACAUGAGCCCCCCAGAGCAGACCGGAGAGCCCCCCAGCCCGGAAGCUAAGGAAGAGUCAGGGCUUGGCCCCGGGGUCCACUUCCCCUGGGGUCUCCCAGGGGUUUCAGCUGGGGAGCCAGGGAGCCUGGUGGCAGCUGCCCUCAAGGUUCUUGUUCCUUUGGAGGAUGGGCCCCCUCCUCAAGUGACCUCGCCCCCUCCUCAGGCCUCAGCUGGGCCCAGCACACAGCUCCAGACCUCAUACCCGGAUGACGAGGGCCCUGGCCCUGGGCCGGUCCCACCCAAGCCGCCCCGGCAGAGAGAGGCCCUCCAUCGGGACCCCCAUUCUGCUGGCUCUGAGCCAAGGCUGGGGUCCUCAGGAGCUGGAGCCCUCCUGGUGGGGCUGGAUGAGCCCUCCCAGGGCCUGGUGCCUGAGGGUCCGGCUCCCAUGCAUGGAUCAGAGUUGGGCAAGUGGAGCCCAGAUGCACAAGAGGGCUGUUCACGGGAGCUGCAGGAGGCUCAUGGCUGGGUCCCCGGGCUGUCAGCUCUCCUCCCCCAGAGCCUGGAAGAGGAGCCCAGGGCUGAGGAAAGGAAAGCAGUGGACCAGGGAGGGUGGAAGUUCAGGUCAGAGCUCACCUUCGAGGCUCGUGGCCUGAAACCCGAGCACUCAGAACUCCCCCAGCUCGAUCCCCAGCCCAUGCCCCGCCCACCUGACAGAGCGCAGGCUGAGGUUGAAGCAGAAGCCCCGGCUCCCAGGAAACCAUCAGAGGGCUUUCCCCCCAUGGGGGCUCAGCCUGGGGAUGGAGCAGGGCCCCCAGAGCCCACACAAACCCUUCCCACCAGGGCUGAGCUGGAAGCCCAACCCAGGUCCCGGCCUACAACUGCCCACACAGAAGGAGAACAAGCCCCCUCUAAGUCCAGGGAGCCAAGGGCAGAGAACAGGCCUGAAGAUUCAAGAAUGGACUCUGGAGGUCCGGGGCUGACCCCAUUCCCCAGGGACUGCGCGGCCAAUGAACCUUUGGCUGACCCUGAUUACGCCUUCCACGUCAUCUUCCUGGGAGACUCGAACGUGGGCAAAACCUCCUUCCUGCACCUGCUGCACCAGAACAGCUUCGCCACUGGGCUGACAGCGACUGUGGGAGUGGAUUUUCGAGUCAAAAACCUGCUGGUGGACAACAAGCGCUUUGCACUGCAGCUCUGGGACACAGCUGGCCAGGAGAGGUACCACAGCGUGACCCGGCAGCUGCUCCGCAAGGCUGAUGGCGUGGUGCUCAUGUACGACAUCACCUCCCAGGAGAGCUUUGUCCACGUGCGCUACUGGCUGGACUGUCUCCGGGAUGCAGAAUCUGAUGACGUGGUCAUCCUUCUCUUGGGAAACAAGACGGACUGUGAGGAGUAUCGGCAAGUGUCCACUGAGGCUGGGCAGCAACUGGCCCAGGAGCUGGGGGUCUCCUUUGGAGAGUGCAGCGCUGCGCUGGGUCACAACAUCCUGGAGCCCAUGGUGCACCUGGCCCGGUCCCUCAAGAUGCAAGAAGAGCGCCUGAAGGGCUCGCUGGUGGAGGUGGCCCCCGAGAAGCCUCCAAAGAGAGCUGGCUGCUGCUCCUGAGGCGCUGGCCUGGCCGGGGUGGGCUGGCCACCUCCCUGGGUUUCCUGUGCCUUGGCUCCUGUCCCACCUGCCUGGACACAGCAGUGACAGAGAUGACUAGCUCAGAAGUUCUGGAAAACCCUCCUUGGGUCAGGACUCAGACCCCAGGGCAGAGGCUGCACGAAUGUUGGCCUUUACACUCCCAGAGAGGGACUUUUCUGAGUAAUAAGGUUGGUGGGGUGGGGAUGGGGGGCCAGUUAAAACUCUUUAAAGAAAGGAAAAGUCCAGAAAAAGGACUUAAGGAAAAUACACCACAGUAUUGGCAAAACAUCUCUAAGUGAUAAAAUUAUAGGGUAAAGGAGUGGGGGUGUUUUCCUUUUUACAUGUAUUUAUAUUUACAGAUCUUCUACGAUGACUGGGUAUUCCUUCUGUAGUCAGAAAUAAGAAUAAAUCUUGAGGGGCGGGAGGGAAACUUCAAAGAGCUUGCUUCGGUGCUGAUUCCUAAUUGAAAUGGCCUGUUAAUUGCAAAGUACUCUGUUUAUUAAAGCAGUCCCACUGUUCCAUGCCUGGCAAAGCUGGUGAACCUUGUCAUUCUCAAUGUGUUGGUUUGCAAACAGAGGGUUUCUUUCAAGCAGAAUCUGAUUCCUGGGGAAGAGCUGAUGGCCCCUGGUAUGUUCCAUUCCCCUCAUCUCACUGAGCCCCAACCCCACUCUCUUUUCCCAAGAUCUGCGUCUAAGGGCUCAAAUUUGGGGACCUCACCCCCUGCUCCACGCCAUGGUGCCUCUGAUGCCAACCUCGGCCUUGAGGAUACACUUGUCAAUUUCUGGAUACACUCAAAGUGCAGCUGGGGUGUGGCUGGGGGAGCCUGGGAGCAGCAGGAAACUGGAUUCAGAUUAUUCAGAGGCUCCUCUUUGGAGUUUUUGCGAGAGUUCCCAGAAUUACACAACAUUCGCCUCCUGAAAGGUGGCUGUACGUUAUAACCCGGGGCCGGGGAUUUCAGUGCCCUUGGGGAGCUUGCUUUGAAAGCCUUAGAUGGCCUCGGGUGUUGUGCUAUCUCCUGUCAUCAGUGUUUGCUGUAAAUGUUGACUGUCACAUCUUACCGUUAACCACAGAAAUGCUUACCAGGUACUGUGGUCCAGAGUGGGCACGUUGCUGAAUCUGGUUCUUCUUAAUCAUUCGGAUAUUGGUGACUUCCUCCUCUGAAUCAGAGGAAACCUCAGUUUUGUAGACAGACAAGCAAAUUCAGUUCCAGAGACAGAGGUUCAGAGAGAGAGACUGAAGGAGAAAGAGGAGGGCAAGAGACAGCGGAAAGAGAGAGCAGAAAUAGAGACACCGAUGUAGAGAACAAAUGUAUGGAUACCAAGGGGGAAGGGUGGUGGUGGGAGGAAUUGAGAGAUUGGGACUGACACCCAUAUACACUAUUGAUACCACAUAUAAAAUAGAUAACCAAUGAAAGCAUACUGUACCGCACAGGGAAGUCUACCUAAUGCACAGCAGUGACCUGAAUAGGAAGGAAGUCCAGAAGGGAGGGGACGUAGGAUUACGUGUGGCUGAUUCAUUGUGCUGUGAAGUAGAA